CAGUCGGGAUGAAACCAUCACCAAAACACACUUUACUAUGGAUAGGAAAUCCACACACAAAACAGGUUAAUAAACACACACACACACACACACACAAAAAGUCAAGCGCCACGAGCUGCGCUUAAAAACAACGGACACGGACUUCGAUAUUAAUGAAUCAUAAAAAAAACAAAAUGGUUCAGUCCUCUGGAACAUCCUGUUUAAACGAGGGGUCUGAAGGUAGGCGGUGAUUCUUUGAAAUGAAGCCAUUUUGAGUCAUCUCUUCCAGACGAACGUUUUCCCAGUAAAGACUGAUUGUUCUCAUACUAUGAACAAUGGAGUCUUCUGAUGAAGCGCAAUUUAAAGACAGCAGAGAUUUCUUUGACAAAGAGCUACAACUAAAUCUUCCUGAAAAACAGUCAGCAGAAUCACAUCUAGAAGAAGAGACAGUCACGUCAGAAGAUGUUCCUGCACCAUAUGACAUAUCAGUACCGUCCAUUGGGACUGAUUCUGCUAGGCUUGAGUGUAAAUGCCUAGACAGCAUAUCAGCAUUUGAUCUGAGGUGCUCCAGCAGCACAUCGUCAAGCAUCCAGCCCCUUUCACAGAAUUGUGCUGAAGUGUCAGGCCUGUGUCCAGUUCCAAACCCACCUGAAAGCAUCAAGGUUAAGAAUAUUGGUAGUACAUCAGUUACUCUGACCUGGAAUCCAUCUGCUUCCUUAGAGAAGAAGUAUCAAGUGGCGUGUUCCCACAAUGAUAGAACUGUUCAUGAAGAAGAAACAGAAACUAACACACUUUCUAUCAACAACCUGAGACCAUUUGCCAGCACUCAAACCAAACUUGAGAGCUUUCUUCAGGACGUGGGGCUGAAGCAACACUUCACUGAUAAACUCUCACUGAGUACUGUACUUCAGAUAGACAAGGGCACAGUGACAGAUGAUCCAGCACGGUCUCUAUCAGAUUUACCAUGGCUUUUCCUCAAGAAAAUUAUGAUGGUGAAUGUGACUGCAAGAAGUGUCAAAUGUGCUUCAUCAACUGAUGAGGAUGAAGAUAUGAGUUUGGAUCUGUAUAGUGAUCUGGAGAGUCUUGUCCUCAGCCAGGACUCUAGUCAUAAAGUAAAUCCUUUAGACAUCAUAACUGCACUCUUCCUUUGCUCAGACAGUUUUCUUCAACAAGAAAUUGCAUUGAAAAUGUCUAUGUGCCAAUUCUCUGUGCCUUUACUGCUUCCUAAUUGUGACACACAGCAGAGCAUGCUCAUGCUUUGGGCCUUAAGAGAUAUUGUGAAGAAGUUUAGACCACACUCCUUGUCUGAUCCAAGAGGGUUUGUGGAAGACAGGAUCGUUCUAGCUGCCUUACCCUUAGUGUCCUUUGUAAGACUUGGAGACUGUAGCAUUUCCAAAUCUCAAAUCUUGAACAAGCUGCUCAGUAAUCCUCAGCAAUAUCAUGAUACAUUUGUGCACCAUGACAUGGACUGUGGAGACAUCCCAAGAAAAAUAUCAGAUGGUUUGGUGGAGAUCAGCUGGUACUUACCUUGUGGAAGCAAAAACAUAGACAUCUUCCCAGAACCUGUGGCUUUUGCAAACCUGAGAGGUGACAUAGGUACAUUUGAGACUCAGUACUCAUUCCUUUGUCAUAUUUCUACGGCAGUUUUUGUGUUCUUUGACAAUUUUGACACAAACUAUCAGCUACUCACCAAUACACAUGUAAAUGCACAAUUGUAUUUGGUAGGUAAUGCACAGACCAAAGCCUUUAACCUGGAUUUGUUGAAAAGAACAGCUGCUGUAUUGAACUUGAAAAAAACCAGCAUCAUUCUAAAGACCAAACAAAAUGAUGCAGAUUUUGUCAAGAAUUUGUGUUCUGCAGUAAGUGCUGUAGUUAAAAACAGUUCUAAGACUGUACAACUCGAGAAGAUGAACACAUUGCACAUUGCAUAUGAAUUGGGAAUUUUGAUUGAUGAAGACAGCAAGGAGUGUCAAACCGCAAAAGAAAAUGCAAAAGCAAUCACUAGCAAGAUACAGGACACACUAAAGUUUAAGGAAGAACAGCUCCCACUGCAGGGUGAGAUCUGGAAGAAAUUAGGAAAAUUAGAGAAAGAGGAGUGUAGGCUUCGUAAAGCUGGGGAUAAGAACAUUGAGAUGUAUAAAAGUGAACUGAUGGACCAGAAGAUGAAACUCAGGAAGCAGCAAAGCAGCUAUGAAAUGUCAGAAGCCAUGACCUGCUUCAUAAGUGCACUGUCAAGUUCAAGUCUUGAGAGAUCCUACUUCCUGAAAUGGAUGCGAAUGAAUUUGGACAACCUGUCUCGCGAAAAACUAUCUGGCCUUAGAGAAAAGUACAAGGAGAAAUGUAACGAUUCAUCUGAGAAGAAGGAGAUUGCAUUACUUGACAGACAGAUCUCAAACAGUGCUUUAGGAACUGAACACUUUUUGAGGGAAAUGGGUCAGCUGUAUGAAGCUGCUGUCACCCUUCCAGAAAAUACACAAUCACGACAUCAAAUGCUACACUUACCCAAACUGUGCGCUAAGCUCCUUUUAAAUGGAUUCCCCCUUGAACUAGUUGAUGGAGAUGCUUCAAAUAUGCCUUUAAGGUGGAUUAGUGAUGUACUGAAAGAGCUGAAUUCUUUAGUGCAACCCAAGAAUAAGAUCAUGGUAGUCACAGUAUUAGGAGUCCAGAGCACAGGAAAGUCUACCCUACUAAACACCAUGUUUGGGGUUCAGUUUGCAGUCAGCAGUGGAAGAUGCACACGAGGAGCUUUCAUGCUGCUGAUCAAAGUCACAGACAGCUUCAGAGAAAAACUUAACUGUGAUCAUUUAAUGAUCAUUGACACUGAGGGACUGAAAUCGCCCGAGCUGGCACAGCUUGAUGACAGCUACGAACAUGACAAUGAACUGGCCACACUUGUUGUUGGACUGAGUGACAUUACCAUCGUAAACAUUGCCAUGGAGAACUCCACAGAAAUGAAGGACAUUCUGCAGAUUGUGGUGCAUGCAUUCCUCAGGAUGAAGGAAGUGGGCAAAAAACCCAUGUGUGCAUUUGUGCAUCAGAAUGUAGCUGAUGUCUCAGCACACGACAAAAACGUGAGAGACCGGAAGCUUCUUUUAGAGCAACUAAAUGAGAUGACCGAGGCAGCAGCCAAGAUGGAAAAUAAGGAAGACUACAAGAAGUUUACUGAUGUAAUGGAGUAUGAUCCAAAGACUGGUAAUUGGUAUAUACCUGGGCUCUGGCACGGUAACCCACCAAUGGCACCAGUGAAUGCUGGCUACUCUGAGGCUGUCUAUGACUUCAAAAAGAACAUGAUGGACAUUCUUCUAAAAAAGAAGAUAUCUACAAACAACAUUGAAGAAUUUUUGGAGUGGACAAAAAGCUUAUGGAAUGCAGUAAAACAUGAAAAUUUCAUAUUCAGCUUUAGGAACAGCUUGGUAGCUGAUGCAUACAUGAAGCUUUGCACUGAAUUCCAUAAAUGGGAAUGGUCUUUCAGAAAGCACAUGUACACAUGGUUAACAUCUGCUGAAACCAGAGUGUCUAAUUUUGAGAUGAUGAAAUCAGAAUGUGACAAGAUAAGCUUGCCAGAUUUACUGUGCAGACUGAAGCAAGAGGCCUCCUCAGAGCUUGAUAAAUGGGAAAAGACCAUUUUGGAAAACCUCGUCGGAUACUUUGCGCAAACAGAGGGUCAUGUCUAUCUUGUGGAAAAGUACAGAGAAGACUUUUUAAACAGUGCAAAAUCUCUCAGGAGGGAAACAGAAAACUCAGUGCUGAGUAAACUAGAGGCAGUUAUUGAGAUUAGGACAGGAAAGAAUAAUUUGGACAAAAUCAAGAAAACGAAUACUGACAAAAUGGAAAAGAAAGUGCUGAAACUUCUGGAGGAGCUCCGGAGAACUGGACGUUCAGAAACUGAAGAGGAGCUCAACGAUGUCUUUGAAAAAAUAUGGCAGGAAACACUUGUAGAGCUGUCAUUUAAAGGCUUGCAGAGACAAAUAAUAUCAGACAGUGUUUUUAGCCAAUUACGAACAAACAUGAAACAAAAGGGAAGCUCUGUGUCUGUAGAAUUAAAUAGAGUGACACUGGAUCAAUAUGGCAUACAUAAGUUCAUUGUUACACCAGAAAAUUUUUUAAAAAGACUUGCACAUACUUUUUACACAUUUGAACACACAGUGAGACUGCAAGUGUUGGCAGACAGUACCAUUGAUGCAUGCAUGCAGUCUAUUAAUGACAAAAAAGAGGGAAAAUCAGAUUAUCAUGACACCUACAUUCAGGAGAUCCUACAUUUAAUUGAUACAAAAUUGACAUCGGCCAAGAAUUUAAAGUUUUCUGACAACUUUGAACUCUCUCUUAAACUGCACAUUUGUGCUAUUUCUGCAAGAGAAUUCCAGGUCAUGCAUGACUGUUUUAUUAAAGAGAACGACCCACGGCUAUGCCUUGAGCAAUUCAAAGAUAAGUACCGUGAUGAUUUCAAAGAUCUGUUCAAUAAUCGUGAUCAGUGUCAGAGGAAAGCUGAAGAAUUCACAAAACUCUGCCUGAGCCCAUCAGUUGAGACAUUCAUCUGUAACUCACUGGGACCAGACAUUAUUGACACAAUGCUGCAAGGGGAAAAUGCAUUUCAAUUCAGUACACGUGCAUUUUUUCAGUACUCCAUUUUAAAGCAACUUCUGAAUGACGAUGAUUUUCAGAAGUAUGUGAGCUACAUAUGUUCAUAUGAAUGCUUUGUUAAACGCUGGAUAUUAAAACAAAUUAUAGACAGAUUUUCCACAGGGAACAAACUUUUUGAACUGGAACAGCAGCAUCUGAAAGGAGCUAUUAUGGAGAUAAAAGAGGCUAUCAAAAAAGCACAACAUGAGACAGAAACUGAAAGCAUAAAGAGAUUUAUUCAAAACAUGUGCAGAGAGCUUGGAAAAAAACUUGUCAUUCGAAACGAUGUCUUGGAAGCAGUCAUGGUUUUGAGUAAUGCCAAACAGGAGCAAUUUGCCCACUGGCUCACACAGUCUGUGGAAGAAAUGGAAGAGUCAAUUAAGACUAAGUUGAAGAUGGGAAACAUUCAGGACAAACUGAGAACACUCAAAAUGAAACCACAGGAUGAGCUGUUCAAGCGUGUGUGUGGUUGCGGGAAACAGUGUCCAUUCUGCAAGGCACCAUGUGAGGCAGGAGGAGAAGCUCAUACACACCACUCUGCUUCUGUACACAGACCUCAAGGACUUGGUUUAAACAGGUAUAAGCACUCAAGUAAAUUAGUCGCUAACAUUUGUUCCACUGAUGUGAACAGUGAAGCAGGGUUCAGCUGCUUAGAGACCAAACAUGAGUACCAUCCUUACAAGAAAUACAGGGAGAUCUUUCCGGACUGGCACAUCCCUGCGGACCCCAGCAUAGAGGCCUCAGACUACUGGAAAUAUGUGAUGGCAAAAUUUAAUAACCAGUUUGCAGAAGCGUACAAUGCCAAGCCUGCAGAUAUUCCCCCAGUGUGGAAAAAAAUCACAAAGCAACAAGCAGAAAACAGUUUGAAGGAGUGUUUUAGUAUCAAGUAAACACUAGUGAAAAAUCUUCAGGAUAAGGGAAUUUAAAGAGCACUGCUUUUGCCUUGAUGUCAAAAUGCUAUCAGCAUCUUUCAUCUCAUCCUGCCUUUAAUCCAUCCCAUGAUGACACCUGUGGUCAACAUAAAAUCACCCCUUUUAGCAGAUAAAUGAAUUUUUCAUUGUCUUUUCUUGUGCCUUUAACUUUCUCUUUAAAAAUUCCAAACAGCAGAGAGAAUACUAUACGUUUAAUAAUACUGAAAAGCAUGAGAAUUGGAAUAAUGCCUUCGGAUGUUAAACUUCACUAAUUAUUGAUUCUUAUUCUUUAAUUCUAUUUUGUUUUCUAAUUGUGUUUUACUGAGCUUUCUUCCUGAAUGGUUAGGUGACUGUUGGUUUCUCAUAAGCAGAUUAUCCUCUAAACUAAAAAGAAAUAUCUAAUUAAAUUGCAUUAACUAUUGAUUUAAGCAUGUUUAUGUAACAUUGUCCUGUCUAUGUAACAUUUUCUGGAAUAUGUGAUGAUUACAUAAAUAUUACACAUAAAACAAAACCUAGUUCAUUGAAAGUUGAUGUUAUGAAACUAAAGACAUCAUAACAUUUUUGCCUUGUAAUCAAAAUCAAUAUAACUUGCGUUACUUUCAAUAAAACUGUGAUUCUGUCUAAAACAAACGUUCAUGUGUAUAAAUAUACACUCAUUGAGCACUUUAUUAGGAACACCUGCACACCUAUGCAUUCAAGCAAUUAUCUGAAUCAAUAAUCAAUAAUCAGCCAAUUGUAUAGCAGCAGUGCAAUGCAUCAAAAUCAUGCAGAUAUGGCUCAGCAGCUUCAGGUAAUGUUCACAUCAACCAUCAGAAUAGGGAAAAAAUGUGAUCUCACUGAUUUUGAUCAUGGCAUGAUUGUUGGUGCCAAAUGGGCUGGUUUGAGUAUUUGUAUAACUGCUGAUCUCCUGGGAUUUUCACACACAACAGUCUCUAGAGUUUAAUCAGAAUGGUGCAAUAAAGAAAAAAAACAUCCAGUGUGUGGAAGUUCUGUGGACAGAAAUAACUUGUUUAUGAGAGAGGUCAAUGGAGAAUGACCAGACUGGUUCGAGCUGACAGAAAGUCUGCAUACAGAAUGUCUAGUAAGUCAUCUCAAACUGGUUUCAUGAACAUGUGUUCAGUGUUCUUUAGUGGCCUUCCCGACCACCGGAUCAGAAUCCGAUAGAACAGCUUUCGGAUGUGUUACAAUGGGAAAUUCACAACAUGAAAGUGCACCUGAAAAAUCAGCAGGAAUUGCGUGAUGCAAUCAUAUCAACAUGGGCCAGAAUCUCAAAUAAAUUUUUCCAACAUCUUAAGGAAAUCUUGUGGCCAUGAAGAAUUGAGGCUGUUUUGAGAGCAGGCCCUACCCAGUAUUAGUAUAGUGUUCCUAAUAAAGUGCUCAAUGAGUAUAAUAGUAUAAAUAUUUCACCUUGCAGAAAUAAUCAUUACUGCUCUGCCAAGUGUUAGCCCUAAUAAAAGAGGCCUAUGAACAGUGCACAAAGCUCUCUAAUGGUUGAAUUUGCCCAUAAACUGCUAUUUGAAUUGUUGGAUAUAAUAGGGACAUAAGUUAGUGCUUAUACAACCUGUAGGGAGAAAAACCAACAUGAAUAGCUACAAAACUCGAUGAAUACUCAGAGUUUUUAUAACAAACCUUGUGAAUAAAAAUCAGCUUGUUGUGGAGCACACAAAUUCUGGUUUGCAUUCUCACUUCUGCUUUGAGAUCAACUCCUAACCCAGUGUGCACAAACUAUCAUAUUUAGAUGUGGUGUAAUUUAGUUCACUAAAAAAUUAUAUACAGUCCUCUCUGAAAGUAGGGGCAGGGGCAAUUCAUUUAUUUUUGCUACACACUGUAAGUCCGGUGACAAGAUGUCUGGACCCAGAGAGAACUACUCUCUGGGAACAAAGAACUGCUACGAGAACAAACUCACAACCUUCUCACUAAAUUAGCAUCUCCAUCUGAAUUAGCACAUCAGACUCAGUGAAGAUUAUAAAAUGUCUGAGCCAGGAGAGAACCACUCUUUGAGCUCUCUCUCUCUCGCGCAGAAUUAGCAUCUCCAUUUGAAUCAACACAGAGUAGAGUAGAGAUCAGGAAAUCGUCACUACACUGUUUCCUCCUUCCUCUCCUCAUACCCAUCUCUCUGUGUCGAGAUCACCCUAAACACACCCAAAGUCUAUAUACAUUAAUGUUUUAAUGCGAAUAAGAUGUCAACUAUUCAUGUUUACUGUAUUAUACAAAAGUACUCAGUGCGACUGGAAAAUAUGGUCUCAUUCCCUCAACAGCAGUUUAAAUAAAAUGUUACAUGCCGUUAAAGGCAUACCCUCCCAGGUCCCUCACUCAAAUUACCUCGUGUAUGUAAAUAAGGUACAUCCUUCCACAAACAUCAAAUUAUAAUCACAAACAGCACCUUUUGGUGGACCCACAGAGCAUCUGGGAGAGCUGGCCAAAGACUCGGGGAAUCUGUAGACAGAUCUCCCACACGAUUACUUGUGUAGUUUUUCUCUACCAGGUAUGCAAGUAUUGUCUCUCUUAUGUUGUAUUAUUAUGUUUUGGAUUUGAUUGGAAUGUAAUGUUGCAUGUAAUUCUUUCUUAUUAUUAUCAAUAGUAGUGUUGAAUUCGGAUGUUUUCAUACCUGGUUAAAUAAAUUAUUAGACUUGAUUAUA